UUUUUAUGUGAAUCUGAAACAACACUAAAUAAAUGGAGAUUUCAAUUACUUAUAUAAUUUCCUUCAAAAAAAAAAAUAUCAACCUAUCUUUUUUUACUUGUAUAAUAUUUAGGAUGACUACCGCUAAGAAGUUACGUAUUCUUUGUCUUCAUGGCAUGGUUCAAAAUGCUGCUGUUUUCCGUAAAAAGACAUCUGUUAUUAGAAAGAAGCUUGAUAAAAUAGCAGAUUUAGUUUAUGUAACUGCUCCUCAGAUGACAACCGAUCCUAAAUAUACUUCUGAAGCUCACCGUGCUGCUGCUGCUGAUGAAAAUGCACCUGAGGAGGAAAAGCCUUUUGCUUGGUGGCAUCCUUAUGAUGAUAAGCAAACUGAAGAUGGUUAUUAUAUGGGAUUCAAAGAGUCUGUUCAACAUUUGAAAGAUAUUAUGAUCAAAGAGGGACCAUUUGAUGGUAUUUUUGGUUUCUCUCAGGGUGCAUGUCUUGCUGGUGUUAUGCUUGCUUGUCUUGAGGAUCGUUCUUUAGCACCUACUCUUUUUGGUCCUGAUUUCGAUCAUCCUAACUUCAAGUUUGCUAUACUUGCUGCUGGUUUUAAGCCUUUCCCUCAGAAAGCUACACAAAACAUCUGGACUCAUAAAAUUUCUACACCUACUUUGUUUAUGAUUGGUGAAGAAGAUAAGUUGAUUACUCCUGCUCUUCAAGAAACUCUUGUGGAACAAUGCAUUGACCCUGUUAUCAUUCGCCAUUCUGGAGGUCACGUUGUACCUUCCAACGCUGCAUCCCGUAAUGAAACUCUUGCAUUUGUUUCCAAGUUUGCAAACAAUUAGAUAAUAAUAAUAAUAUCCUUAAUAUAUCAUUUUCAUAGAUUUGUCAUAGACUAUUAACAAACAAUAAGCAUUUGCAUAAUAUAGAUACAGUACAUACAGAAUAAUAAUGAUAUGUCAAUAGAGAAAAGGAAAAGAAUA